AUGGAUAAUACAGAUAAAAAAAUAUAUAAUGAAGAAAUAUCUUCUACUAGUACUGAGAAGGAACCCAUGGCAAAUGAUCGUGGAGAACCAACUGCAUCUUCAAAUUCUUCAGCUAAAGAGUUCAAGUCAAAUAUCUGGGUGAAAGAUCUUAGAGAAAUGAUGGAUGCAGAUGUAUACAAAAAAUGGAUUUGCCAAGCAGAAAAUUGUAACAUUCCUGUAACAAUAACUUGCAGUAAAUGUAAAAUGGUGAGAUACUGUUCCGAUGAUUGCCGACAACGUGACUGGUUUAAGAAGCAUGCAUUUGAGUGUGAUGAACUGCGAAACCAAAUUCAGACUCCUACCUAA